UAUAGACGUCUGUCGCCGCCAAUAGAAUGACAUAUGGUUCGCCGCAGUCAGAAGAAUAGUUCCGCUUCGUUGUCUGGGUGGGACUAACCUCGUUUGUUUAAAAAUGUUUUGUUUACUUUUGCGGCAAUUUUCCAAUGGAGCUCUGCACAGGAAUUUGCAGCAACUUAGAAGAAUACCCCAAACGAAGCUUCUACACACAACUUCUGUCUUUAGGCACGGGGAAUAUGAAUGGCAAGACCCAAAAUCGGAGGAUGAAAUCGUUCGAGUUACGUUUAUUGACAAGAAUGGAAAACGAAUCAAAGUGAAUGGAAAGGUUGGGGACAAUGUUCUGUAUUUGGCUCAUCGAUAUGAAGUUGAAAUGGAAGGUGCAUGCGAAGCCUCUUUGGCUUGCACAACUUGUCAUGUGUAUGUGCAUGGGGAUUAUUUGGAGAAAUUACCAGAGGCAGAUGAAAAGGAGGAUGACUUAUUGGACAUGGCACCCUUCCUAAAAGAAAACUCCCGAUUAGGCUGUCAAAUAAUUCUAAAUAAGGAAUUGGAUGGGAUUGAACUGGAACUUCCUAAAGCUACGAGAAACUUUUAUGUUGAUGGGCAUAAACCAAAACCACACUAGACCUAGCCUUGUUUUCCGAAUAUUUGUAUUAUAGUUUUGAUAUUUCUGUUGAGCUUUAUUAAACAAAGUAUACUGUAAUUUAAUAAAUAGUGAUAUAAAAUGGA